UGUGUGAUAGAGAAAGAUAAAGUGUACAAGUUUAGUAUAUUAUGUUACCUGGCAUGGAUAGUGAAAUGUGUUUACAUGGCUGUGUUUAGAUCGCUGUGCUUUGCCAGCCAUCUAUCGACUCUCCAGUGCAUGCUGCAGUUUGUCCAGGUAUAAGCGUGUCAGCAACUCAGCCUCAAAGAGGAGAGGAAAAGAGAGGGAGGGAAGAUGAAUAAGCCCAUAAGGGCUGCUUUGAGUAAGGUAGAGAAGUGAAAGGAGCACCCAGACUUGUUAAAGACCGCUGGCUGCAUUGCAGAGAGAUCGGGUGCUGGUUAGGAUGCCCAGGGAGGGGAGGGGAGCAGGUGGUGAAGGAGCCGCUCAGCAGUGUUGGGCUCUCAGUCGACCAGCUUGGACAGAGUGAUAAAGGAGGACGCUUUCAGCUCUGCUGAAAACAGUAGGUGCAAAAUGAGCAGAGACUGCAGAAGAGAGAAGAGAAGCUAGAGAAAUCCCCCGACAAAGAAGAUGUCAAAACUAAGGCAGAGACGGAACCUUUUGCUUUGAAUCUCAGGCAUCUUCACUUUGCUCUGACCAUGUCCAUAGGAUGGAGAGCAACACACACAGACGGCAGAAUAACUGCUGCUUAACACCGACAGAGACUGCACCAACGUCAGCUGCUGGCUGAGCACCUCUGAUCACAUCUCAGCUUGGGGACCUCAUCCCCUGGGAAACUCCUGGAAGAUCGAAGGAGAAGGAGGAGGGUGGCUUACAGGCACGCUGGUUGGAGUGUGGUGGUCAAAGCAGCCUGGUGUAUUUUUGGAUGUGAAUUAAGCAAGCAAGCUGGAAUAAAGAUGUAGUGUGAGCUGGAGGAAGGAGGGGGAGAGAACAAGGAAAGUUGUGUGCAAAGGAGAGGAGAGGGCUGGAUGUCCUGGCUUGACGGACUGAAAACUGGAAAAUACAGAGGGGGCACUGGUUCAGGAAGAUGCCCUCUUGCUACAGGAAUGCGCUGAACAUUGUGGUCACCACCCUUUUUGCUGCGGUGGUCCUCUUCACCAUUCUGUUGGCCUAUGUUACAGGCUACCAGUUUAUCCACACUGAGCAGCACCACCUGUCCUUUGGCCUAUAUGGUGCCUUCCUCUCCCUCCACCUCUUUCUCCAGAGCCUCUUUGCAUUUUUGGAGCAUCGGCGGAUGAGGAGUCCUGCACGACCUCAACACCUCCGGCGUUCCGUGGCCCUCUGCAUCGCAGCUUACCAAGAGGACCCAGACUACCUAAGGAAGUGUCUCCACAGCAUCUGCCGAAUCUCUUUUCCAGGCUUGAAGGUGGUGCUGGUUGUGGAUGGAAAUAGACCAGAGGAUCGCUACAUGAUGGACAUUUUCCAUGAAGUGAUGGGAGGAGCGGACCAGGCUGGCAGCAUGGUGUGGAAGGGGAACUAUCACAGGGACGGUAGUGGAGGUGGGGGGAAAAGCACAGUGCACAUGGAAGAGAUGGCACAGGUGUCAAGGAUGGUCAGAGGUUGCCGCUAUUCUUGCAUUAUGCAGGAGUGGGGAGGUAAAAGGGAGGUGAUGUACACUGCCUUCAAAGCGCUGGGGGACAGUGUGGACUACGUGCAGGUGUGUGAUUCAGACACAGUUUUAGACCCAGCAUGUACCAUAGAAAUGCUCAAGAUCCUUGAGGAAGAUCCAAUGGUGGGAGGGGUUGGUGGAGACGUGCAGAUACUCAACAAGUACGACUCAUGGAUCUCCUUCUUAAGCAGUGUGCGCUACUGGAUGGCCUUCAACAUUGAGCGUGCGUGCCAGUCCUACUUUGGCUGUGUCCAGUGUAUCAGUGGCCCUCUCGGGAUGUACAGGAACUCCUUGCUACAGCACUUCUUGGAGCCAUGGUACCAUCAGACCUUUUUAGGCUCCAAGUGCAGCUUUGGAGAUGACCGCCACCUCACCAAUCGGGUGCUUAGCUUUGGGUACAAGACAAAAUUCACAGCUCGAUCACAGUGUCAGACUGAGACGCCAACCCAGUAUCUGCGUUGGCUCAACCAGCAGACUCGAUGGAGCAAGUCUUACUUUCGUGAAUGGCUCUACAAUGCCUUGUGGUUCCAUAAACACAGCCUCUGGAUGACUUAUGAAUCCAUGGUCACUGGCUUCUUCCCGUUCUUCUUGGUUGCUACAGUCAUCCAUCUCUUCUAUCGUGGACGGCUGUGGAAUAUCCUGCUCUUCUUAUUGACAGUCCAGUUGGUCGGGAUGGUGAAGGCGACCUACGCCUGUUUUUUGCGUGGCAGUCUGGUCAUGAUCUUCAUGUCACUUUACUCACUGCUCUACAUGUCCAGCCUUCUUCCUGCCAAAAUAUUUGCCUUGCUUACCAUAAACAAGGCUGGAUGGGGCACAUCAGGCCGCAGGAAGAUUGUGGUCAACUUCAUUGGAGCGGUGCCAGUUACAGUUUGGGCUAUGGUGCUGCUUGGAGGUGUGGCAUAUACAGUUUACUGUGAAACACAGGAGCCAUUCAGUGAGACUGAGAAAGCCUUAUUGAUAGCAGGGACGAUACUCUACGCCUGCUACUGGCUUAUUCUUGUGGUACUGUAUUUGGCAAUUGUAGCCAAACGGUGUAAUAAGAGGGAAGAACAGUAUCAUCUGCCAUAUGAAGAGGCCUAAACUGGAAAUAUUGCUCGUCUGAGUUUCACUGCAGUUUGAUUCAAGCAAGGUCUCUACUCACCUUGCUGGAACAAAAACAUUGAACAAGGAACACACGUCUUCAUUGCUGGUGCUACAACACUGUGAUUCUUAAAUUUGAGAAGCAUGACUCUAGUUGUGGGGACUUAUAGAUCCAUACAGUUCUUCCAUUUAUCCCAUUUUUAUGGUGCUUCACAGUGAAAACCUUAACCAAGCAGAAUAGGUCAUAAUGUUUUAAAAUAUCCAUAUACUUGCUACGAAAAACAUCAGGUAAUUGAUGGGUACAGGUUGCUUUUUGUAAUGAAAAGUGUCAUACAGUGUUUUACAUUUUUUUUUAAAAAUACAUGUGAAACUUUUAUAUUUAAGAUGUUUACUUAGAUUAGUCAGAGCACCUGCUUUGGAAAAGAUUAGGGAGGCUCAGUAGGUGUAGAGUCCAGACAGAGACAAAGCAAAUUUUAAAAAAUAUGAAACUGCCAACAAAUUCAACUGAAGAUGUGUUUAACAUGGAAGAGAGGAAGAGAUGAAUUUGUCCUGGCCAGUCAGCAUGAAUUUAAAAAUAUAGAGAGGUAGGAAGUAGGAAGAGAGUCUUUAAGAAAUAAACAGAAAAUACACUAGUGUGUGAGUUAUACAUAAAAAUACAUCCAUACUCUGUAACAUCCUAAGAUCUGUACAGUUGGUGCAUGAAAAAAAAUUACAUAAAUAUUCUGUGUCUUAAUUUCGCUACUUCCAUUUUUACUAUUUAUACUUUAAUAGUAUAUACAUUAUACUAUGUAUAUCUACUAGUGUAGUGUGUGAAUUUCAGUAAAGUAACAUUGUCUCAAAUUGUCUGUGUAGGUUCUCAGUCAUCCAGGUGAUCCAGGUGAGGAGCUUGGAAAGAAAUCAUCUGGACUUCUUUAAGUUUCUUUAAGACUUUUAACCUCUGAUCUGAGAAGCUUCUUCAGGUCCACUGGUCAUUCACAGUGGGCAUAGAUAAAUGACUAUCUUUGUAAAGAGGGGAUGGCUUACGACACCAACUGUCUGCCACUUACUAUGCAGUUCUGCGUUCCCUUCCCAGGCGCCUCACCCUCCACUUAGCUCUUGCAUCAGGUGAUCUCAGUGGGUCAGAUAAUAGGGAAAGGCAAGGCCUCACAAUGGUUUCAACCGAAGCCUCUGCUGAUAGUGACCUUUUUUCGCACCUUGCGGCGUGUUGUGAGGCACGAGAUCAAGUUAGUUUUAGAACUGAAGAAGCUUCUCAGAUAAGAUGUGAAACGUCUUCAAGUAAUUAAGAAGUCCAGUCACUUUCUUUCCAAGCCAUUUAGAUCAUUGUCUCAGAUUACAAACAGUAAAUUGUAAAGGUCACAAAAAUAAUGUUUGUAAGGUUUUACCAUGAUUGUGCACCAGCUGCCACCUUUUGUAAUAAUUUGAAACAUGUUGAUCCUAAGAUGAUACAUAUUGCUAAAUUCAUCACCAAACACCACCAUAACGUGUUGUGCUUGAAAAAGAUCUGCUGUGUUUACCUCGUUGAUUAGCAUUGCCACAUAGCAUUCCACUAAAGAUGCUUUUUCACACUGAUUUGUUUAACUCUCUUUCAGUUACUGUAUGUAGCCAAGAGUAGAUUAAAAAAGUACGGUUCACUCUUAGCUUUGACCGGUACCUGUAGGGCUCUUGAGAUUUGGCAGGUGGGUGAACCACAAGAUUUAGUUUAUCAGUGCAGGGAAAAAUUAUUCUCAAAUUAAUAUUUGCUUUGAACUUGAGUAACAGCAAGAAGAGAUUUAGACAAAUGAGGAAUUGCAAGAAACAUUACUAAUAUAGCUUCAAACAGUCAUGGAAAGCUGUUACAUUAUUAAAAAUGUUAUACUGUUAUUAGGCCAGCUAGCAUAUCCCCCCAUGUGAAGACCCUAAAUGUAUUUAGUUAAGAUGCAUACAUACAGUGAUAUGAAAAAGUAUUUUCCCGUUCCAGAUUUCCUGUUUUUUUGCAUGUUUGUCACACUUAAAUAUUUAGGAUUAUCAAACAAAUUUAAAUAUUAGACAAACAUAACACAAGUAAACACAAAAUGUAGUUUCUUAAAUUCAGCCAUUCAUAAGUGGACUGGCUGGUGCGUUUUGGGUCAUCGUCCUGCUGCAGAACCCAAGUGCGCUUUACUUUGAGGUCAUGAACAGGUGGCCGGACAUUCUCCUUCAGGAUGUUUUGAUAGACAGCAGAAUUCUCUGUUUACCACAGCAAGUCUUCAGGUCCUGAGGCAGCAAAACAGCCCCAGACCAUCACACUACCACCACCAAAUUUCACUCUUGGUAUGAUGUUCCUUUUCUGAAAUGCUGUGUUACUUUUAUGUCAGAUGUAACGGGACACACACCUUCCAAAAAGUUUAACUUUUGUCUCAUCAGUCCACAGAGUAUUUUCCCAAAAAUCUUGAGGAUCAUCAAGAUGUUUUCUGGUAAAAUUGAGACUUGAUGUUCCUUUUGCUCCGCGGUGCUUUUCAUAUUAAAACUCUGCCAUGCAGGCCAUUUUUUUCCGUCUUUCUCAUGGUGGUGUUGUGACACUGACCUUAACUGAGGCAAGUGAGGCCUGCAGUUCUUUAGGUGUUGUUCUGGGGUCUUUUGUGACCUCCUGGAUGAGUCAUCAAUGUGCUCUUAGGGUAAUUUAGGUCGGCCAGUCACUCCUUGGAAGGUUCAAAACUGUUCCGUCCUUUCGCCAUUUGUGGAUAAUGGCUCUUAUUGUUGGCUGGAGUCCCACAGCUUUAGAAAUGCUUUAUAACCUUUUCGAGACUGAGAGAUGUGUCUGAUUUGCUCCCGAAUUUCCUUGGACCGUGGCAUCAACUCUGAUUUUGAGGAUCUUUUGGUCUACUCCACUUUGUCAGGCAGGUCCUAUUUAAGUGAUUUCUUAAUUGAGAACAGAUGUGGCAGCAAUCAGGGCUGGAUGUGGCCACAGAAAUUGAACAUGGAUAUCACAUCCAAAGAUGUGAUAUGCCACGGUUAAUUUAUGUUAUAACAGGGGGGUCCAAUCCCUUUUUCACACAGGUCGAUUUAUGUUUGGAUUAUUUUUGGAUUCCCCCCCCCCCUUAAUAAUAAAUGCCAUCAUUUAGAAACUACAUUUUGUGUUUACGUGUGUUAUCUUUGUCUAAUAUUUAGAUUUGUUUAAUUAUCUGAAACAUUUGAGUGUGACAAACAGACAAAAACAUAGGAAAUCCGGAAGGGGGCAUUCAAGACAUUAAUAUCUUUUGUGCUAGUUAGCAAGCUGGCAAAUUGACUAAAGCAAUAGGCCUACAGAUUUCACACUGCCGCAAACUGCCACUACAGCAUGGCACUACAAUUCUGAAAUUCCUGGGGAUAACCCUAAAAUGGGCGUUGUUCUAGUAAUGCGUAGGCAUGCCAAUAUAAACAACUGUCUUAAACAUUGUUGUGAUAAAUUUUUGAAACAACUGAUUUUGCAGCAACUAUGAGGAGAAAAAAAAUCCAUAUUAAUACCUUUAAUGAUUCAAAGUAUGUGGUCGAGGUGCAAUUGUCAUUUGUUCUACUGGGGUAUCAAAGUCUUCUUGUCAAAAUCUAAAAACAGUGACCAUCUUAUCAGACAACAGUAUGUUGACACAACUGUAUUAAAGUUUAAUGAUGUUUGGAAGUUAUAUAGUGAUUUCAGACAGUACUAUGAACCUCCCUUCUGCAUACAUGCUAAAGUGUGUACUGUAUCAAAACCAGACCUGAAAUCUAUUCCUACUGAGACACUGAUUGCAUUUGGAAGUAUACAGGAUAGGUGUGGAAGUUUUCUAGACUUUGCGUGUUUCUCAUGAAUCACGAACAGCAUUAUCAUCCACUAUGAUUUACCAGACAAGAGAAUCCAAACAUCUCUGAAGGUAGGGCUGCAUUUUGUUGUGGCUGAGCAGUGUCAUUGUUAGAAUCGUUAUUUUACAGUUCUCGGUGUGUUGUAGUUUAAUUCAGAAGUCUUUUUUAUAUCAUGAAAAGUUGCCAUAUUAUAUCUGUGUGUUUUUCUGCUGGAUACAGUUAUGUUGAUGUGGGUCAUUUACACAUUUUACACUAGAUUUUGAUUUUGUCUGUUCACACCAACAAAAAGACUAAACACCAAAGUUUUUUUCUAGGAUAUGUUCCAAAAACCUGUAUCUGUAUGUUUCGUGUGAGAAACAUCUGCAUAAUGGACACUUUAAAAUAUUUAAGUUAUAUUCACAUUGCUUUAUUUUGAGAUGUAAAAGCUUCAACUUGAAAGGUGAAAAGGUCACAUACAUUUAAAGGAACAUUACAACUCUGACAUUUUGUAGCUCUUGUUUCUUGAUCUUCUGCUGUUUCCAUCUCUGGGCAUCAACAGGAUGCUGAAAGUCAUUAAACUGCUUUCUAUUUAGGACACAAAAAUCCUAUUCAUAUGAUACAGAAAAUGUCUCAUUUAAAGGACUACAUGGAUUUCCCCCCUGUUUAAAAUCAUUUUGUGACUGUUUUUUUACUGUAUUUUUUGUU